AUGGGGGGCCACGCUCUCACCAGGACUCGCCCCUGCCCUGAGGACCCUGUAAGGAGCUCCCUGCCCCGUGGCAGCGGUGGUGGCCUGGCUGUGAGAAUGCCUAGGCCGCGUGCAGAAGCCAUGGGGUCACUGAGGGUGAUGGCCGGAGUACCCCACCACGCCCUGGUGAUCCCGGCCCGAGUGUCUGCGCACUGGCUGCUCCUCCCGCCAGUACUCCGGGCUCUGGAGCAGGCCCUGCCUGUCCUGACCCCGGGGCCCCGCACGCUGAGGGGCGGUCACUGCGGCCCCGCAGGCACCCGCUGGCCUUUCGGGUGGAACCUUGGGCCCGAGGCCGACCUGCGUCCUCCGCUGCGGGAGCCCAGGACGCAGGUGGGGUCCCUGGGGGUGCUGCUGGGGGCAGGGCUGGCCUGCAGAAACCUCACCUCCUCCAAGGAGCACACGCUCAUCGCCGCCUCCCAGGGCCCCUUUGAGAGCCUCUCCCCAUUCUUCAGCUGCGUCCUGUCCCACGGGCUGGUUUGCGUGCGGUCUCAGGAGGACUGCCACGCCAGCUGUGUGCCCGGAGCUGAGGAGUCGGGCUGCUCUCGGCAAGAUUAUUUCAAGAUGCGUCUCCGCGGUCUCGGGGCUCACGCCCGAGGGGGCUCCCCCCUGCGGUGGUGGUUUGUGCCCAGCUGCGCCCUAGCCACGGCGAGCAGGCUGUCCUGCCAGGCCUGCCCAGAGGUUCUCACGGGCGCUAAAUGGAAGGUCCGGCUGUGA